GCGCAGCCCACCGCGAGCCCCGGGACCCGGGAGAGAAGGGUUCCGCUAGGGCCGGGGUGCCGAGGGAGCCGGGGCCGUGGGCGUGGGCGUUGCCCGCACGCUCUCGCCGCCUCCGCCACCCUUCUCAGGUCGCUCCCCGCUUCUCCCCACCCUCCGAGGAACGUUGGUACAUUCCCGGUGACUCCGAGAGCUUAAAAAGGACCCGGGGAGGCCGAACCUAGCAGGUUUGGUCCAGAUUUGUGUGCGCAGCCCGUACUCUGAUCCGCCACGGUGGGUAUCUUGGCGGGGGUUUCUUUUACGCUGUGGCACUCGUGUAUUUUGGGGCUUCGUGUCUGUGUGUAACUGUCUGGCUAGCAGCUAGGAACUCUCGCCUCCGGCUCCUCGGCUCGCUCAGCUCCUCCGUCGCAGCCCAGCAGCGAGACGCGCGCCGCCAGUCCGCAAGGGAUGGAGCGGACCGAGGUGCUAAAGCCACGCACCCUGGCCGAUCUGAUCCGCAUCCUGCACCAGCUCUUCGCCGGCGAGGAGGUCAAUGUAGAGGAGGUGCAGGCCGUCUUGGAAGCCUACGAGAGCAGCCCCGCCGAGUGGGCAGUGUACGCCAAGUUCGACCAGUACAGAUAUACCCGAAAUCUUGUGGAUCAAGGAAAUGGAAAAUUUAAUCUCAUGAUUCUAUGUUGGGGCGAAGGACAUGGCAGCAGUAUCCACGAUCACACUGACUCCCACUGCUUUCUGAAGAUGCUGCAGGGAAAUCUAAAGGAGACAUUAUUUGCCUGGCCUGACAAAAAAUCCAAUGAGAUGAUCAAGAAGUCUGAAAGAAUCUUGAGGGAAAACCAAUGUGCCUACAUCAACGAUUCCAUUGGCUUACAUCGAGUAGAGAAUAUUAGCCAUACAGAACCUGCCGUGAGCCUUCACUUGUACAGUCCGCCUUUUGAUACGUGCCAUGCCUUUGAUCAAAGAACAGGACAUAAAAACAAAGUCACCAUGACAUUCCAUAGCAAAUUUGGAAUCAGGACUCCAUUUACAAAUUCAGGAUCACUGGAGAACAACUAAGGAGCACCAGACCCUCUGAGGUUUUACUUUAAGGUCCAGUGAAAGUUUUGCCUUGGACAGGAAGCCCUCCUUCCAUUUGGUCCAGUAAUAUACUUUACAAGGCCAAUACUUAGAUCUACUAUAAGGCAGAUGCUAAUUAUAAGGCAUUAAGUAAGCAAAUAGUGCCCUGAGCUACUGUAGAAGAAAAAAUCCCACUAAAGAUAAAAAGGCUUGUGAUUUUAAAGGCCAAAUCAAGUGCUCCACUCAUUUUACCCUCUAAACCCAUUGGAACUAUACUGGGAAUGUCAAUGAAGGUUUUUAUAGUUUUUGGAAACACUGGUCUCUGAACUAUAAUUAGCAAUAAAUAAAAAUAAGACAUCAAACCACCCACCUUGUUACUUGGAGGACUAAAUGUGGAUGUCUUCAUUAUACUUUGUAUGUUCUUAAUAUUUGAAGAGAAGUUUUUGAAUCUGUGCAUUUUAUUUUUUCAAUCUUAUUUUACAAAUUCCUGCUCUAUAAAUAAUAGGGUAUUGUAGAUAGAGAAACUUAAGGUGCUUUGCCAUUUGGUAAUGAAAUGAAGGGCAGAAGAUUUAGAAAAAUACAUGUAACCAAACCCACAACAAACCAGAAUUAUAAACUCAUGUCUAAUGUGUCCAGUGGUCAAAGACUUUGUACUGCCAGAAUUGCCAAAUAAUUUUAAUAAAAGUGGAUUUGAACAUAA